GAAACGUCCGCGAACUCAAGGCAGCCCCUUCUUUUGCCUGCGGGACCCUCGUUGUCCGGGGACGGAAAAGUGUGCGGUGAGCGGCCUAGGUCCUUGUUAGUGCGGCCCUGGGGUCUGAAGAGAAGUACCAGUCGGGAUCCGAGCUGUCAGGCCUGUGGGAGUUGGUCUAGCUGGCUCAGCCCCUCCAGAGGUACCCAGUGGAGAAAAGAGGAAUGGCUGUGGACCAAGCCAAACAUAAGAAAUCGAUGGUGUUCAGUGACGUGUCUCUGGACUUCUCUCAGGAGGAGUGGGAGUGCCUAGGCCCUGCUCAGAAGGACUUGUACAGAGAUGUGAUGUUGGAGAACUACAGUCACCUGCUUUCAGUGGCAGGACUUCACAUUCCCAAGCCUCAGGUGAUCUCUUUAUUGGAACAAGGCAAAGAGCCCUGGAUGAUUGGCAAAGAGCUCACAAGAGGCCUGUGCUCAGCUCUGGAGUCAAUGUGUGAAAGCAAGUUAUUAUCUCUAAAGAAGGAAGUUUAUGAAAUAGAAUCAUGCCAGAGGGAGUUAAUGGGACUUAAAAAGCAUGGCCUUGAGUACUCCAGUUUUAGAGAUGUUCUGGAAUGUGGAAGCCAAUUUACAAGACAAUUGGGAUAUCAAAAUGGUCAUUUAAGUGAAGAAAUACUCAGUCCUGAAUAUAUGCCCACAUUUGUUCAACAGACUUUCUUUACCCUACAUCAAAUUAUUAAUAAUGAUGAGAAACCCUAUGAAUGUAAGAAAUGUAGAAAGGUCUUUACUCAGAACUCACAAUUUAUUCAACAUCAAAGAAUUCAUAUUGGUGAAAAGUCUUAUGAAUGUAAGGAGUGUGGGAAAUUCUUCAGUUGUGGUUCACAUGUUACUCGACAUCUGAAAAUUCAUACUGGUGAAAAACCCUUUGAAUGUAAAGACUGUGGGAAGGCCUUUAGUUGUAGCUCAUACCUUUCUCAGCAUCAGAGAAUACACACUGGUAAGAAACCUUAUGAAUGUAAGGAAUGUGGAAAAGCCUUUAGCUAUUGUUCAAAUCUUAUUGACCAUCAGCGAAUUCACACUGGUGAAAAACCCUAUGCUUGCAAAGUGUGUGGGAAAGCUUUUACAAAGAGCUCACAGCUUUUUCAACAUGUCAGAGUUCAUACAGGUGAGAAACCUUAUGAAUGUAAGGAAUGUGGCAAAGCCUUUACUCAGAGCUCAAAACUUGUUCAGCAUCAGAGAACCCACACUGGUGAGAAACCCUAUGAGUGCAAGGAAUGUGGGAAAGCCUUUAGUAGUGGCUCAGCCCUUACAAAUCAUCAGAGAAUCCACACUGGGGAGAAACCUUAUGAGUGCAAGGAAUGUGGAAAAUCCUUUACUCAGAGCUCACAACUUCGGCAACAUCAAAGAAUUCAUGCUGGUGAGAAACCAUUUGAAUGUCUUGAAUGUGGAAAGGCCUUUACUCAGAACUCACAGCUUUUUCAACAUCAGAGAGUCCACUCAGAUGAAAAACCAUAUGAAUGUAAUAAAUGUGGAAAGGCCUUUAAUAAAUGCUCAAAUCUUACCCGACAUCUGAGAAUUCAUAGUGAUGACAAGCCUUAAGAAAUACGGGAAGACAGUAAUGAUUCAGACCUUAUUCACCAUCAGGGAAUUCAUGCUCAUGAGUAAUAAAAAUUCAUAUUUGAGAGUUACUUUCUUUGACAUGGCCUGAUUAGGUAUUUAUAUUUUCAAUCCAAAUCGUUUUAACUAUAGAUUAUGAAUUCUAAGUCUACAUUUACACUCUUCCCACACACCAAUGCUAGUUGCUUAAUAGUUCUGUAUUUCUCCAUUGCUUGGGGAUUUGUCAUACUGUUGUUCAUAUUUUCUUAUAUUUUUUAGGACUGUCUUUUGUUUUCUAAACUGUUUUUUGUGCUUGUGCUAAUAUUACAGUGUUUUAAUUGUGUAACCUGUAAUGACUUUAAGUUCCUUGUGGAAUUCCAAUGUUGUAUUUGAGGCAACAAUGUCAGUCUUUUUGCUGUGUUUCAUGAGCUUAUUUUUAUUUUUUAUUGUAAGUGAAAAAAAUGAGAAAACUAGAUAAUCCAAAGCGCAAACGUCAAAAUGAAUUGCUAUAUUGAUUGUAGAUGACGAUUAUCAAAUUGGUAGAACUAAUUCUGCUGGACGUUGCUUUCUAAAGACAUGUAGUCAUGGUAUUGUGUUCUGCUUUUAUCAUGCUAAAAAAUCAUAAUAAUUGCUUUUCUAGCAAUACAAAGUUUAAUGACUUAGUAUCUUUUUUAAAUGACUAUUUUUCAUGUUAUGGUUGCUUCUAAAUUUUUGCAUUUAUAAAAGCUGUCUCCAGUAAUAUGACCCCAAACUAAUAUUUAGAUGUUUGAUAUUUUGUUCCUUUUAAAACCAAAAACAUUUCUUUUAAUGCUGAAUUUAUUCACAUUUUCUCCUUGUAUGCUAUUUUGUUCCUUUUCAUUAACCCUAAUCCUAAUGUCAUGCCCAAAAGGUAAUUACAGUUAGCAAAGUGUUAUUUUUCCAGAUUUUUCUUAUAUAUGUUAUUAGUAGUUGUUCCUUAUUUUAUAUAUGCAGUCAUGUGUAUGCAUUGGUUUGCUGUGAGAAUCCAAUGAAUUCAUCUAUUCCUAGAAUACAGUAUAGGUUUAAUAAAAAGUUUCUCUUGUCAUUA